UUGAUUUAAAGUUGAUAAAAGUUCAGGAGCUGGUUGUAUAAUGUAUAUUAGGGUGUAAAGAUGACGAGAAAAGAGGAAGAUUGGGAAAAAUGUCUCAGAUGGCUGAAACAUGCAACAGGAGAUGAGAAGUUUUGGAAAUAUGAUCUUGACAAGGUUCAAGAAGAAAGGGAGUUGUAUAAACUAUUAAAGGAUGGGGUUCUGCUGAGCAGAUUAAUGAGAUGGAAGAAACAAGAUUCACUUAGUGAUAAAACUAUAAACUACAAUACUAAUAAUAUUUCAACUCUGGAGCAAGCAAACAUCAAGUUUUUUAUUGACGAUGUUCAGAAAUUUUACAAGAUAAUUAAUAUCUUUGAGAAGCAUGGACCGUCUGUAUUCAAGUCGUACGCAGAUUUUUACAUUGUUCUUAAAGGACUGUCAAAGCUGUCCUACAAGUUAAGCCCGAAACAGUACUUCACCGUUGGAAAAAAGUCAUCGGAAAAAAGAGUAACAGGAGAGGAGGAACUAAACCAGGAGACGGACGAGAGUGAAUAUCUUCUUUAUAUUGCUUCAAAUUACUACGAGGAGAAAACCUGCAAAACCCUUACACAAUCGAUGGAAGAAUUACCUCGGUUUCACAAAAAUAAUCUGGAGAAAGUCUUGAAAGUUAUUCAAGAAUUUUAUGUCAGUUUGAAGAAUAGAAGUCCAAGUAAUCUCCUGAUUACUCAACUCCUUCCCACGCUUAGGAUUAAAGAACUUAUCAAUAUUCAUGCAGAGUUCGGAACCUUGCUGUAUGGACACCGAUCUCUACUUUUACCUAAUAAAACCUAAAUGAAAAAUUAUUUAUUUUAAUGUUUCCUUUUCA